AUGAAAAUUGUUCAUAAUGGUCAGGUCUUUGAAGUCGAUUACCAGUCAGCAAGCGAGGUGUGCAAAGCGAUAGAAGAUGCAGAAGAGUCAGAACUGCAAUAUGAUACAGUUUAUACGCAGGAAGCAUUCAAAAUUUUUAUUAAUUACCUUAAUACACAUAAACUUGAUAUUAACAAGGAGUAUAUUUACCAAUUAGAAUCUAUUGCAACUAUAUUCGGCUGCGAAGAAUUGCAUCAAGCGCUUCUUGACUAUGCAUUUUCAAUUAACGAUUUUCGCCUUGUCAAAAACAUCGCAGAUCAAUCAUUCCAGAUAGGAUACCAAUACUACAAUCAAGGCAAAGCAGCAAAUCAAGAACUCGAAACUUUACGCAAACAGAUCCAAAUGUACAAGACAAUAAUCGACAAUACAAGUCCAGAGAACACAGGAAAACUAAUUCGUUGCAAGCGUGAUCCAGAUGCAGAAUUAGUCAGAGUUGGAUUUUUGGGAGCCUCAAAUACAGGAAAAACAUAA